AUGGGAAAGCGAAUUACUGAUUACCUAUUAGUUUCGCAUGGUUUUGAUUCUUGUCCUCAUGAACGAUUAACAAGGGAAAUUGAAAAUGAAAGAGGUUUACAUGUUACUCCAGACGAUUUGCUAAUGUCUCUCAAGUUAAACUGUGAACAGAAACAUGCUUAUGACCUGAUUCUUGCAGCAUGUUUUUCUGCUGAGGGCCAGGCUUUUUUUAUUGAUGGCCCAGGAGGCAUUGGUAAAACAUUCUUAUACCGAUCGCUACUUGCUGCAUUAAGAUCACAGGGUUACAUUGCCAUUGCUGUUGCCACUUCUGGCAUUGCAGCGUCGAUUCUUCCUGGAGGGAGAACGGCACACUCAAGAUUUAAGAUAUCAUUGGACUUUUCAAAGAAUAAGACCUGUCAACUCAGCAAACAAAGCAGUGUUGCCAAAUUGCUUUUUGAGUGUAAGCUUAUCCUUUGGGAUGAAGCGUCAAUGGCUAAGCGAGAGAUGAUUGAAGCAUAUGACGACUUGCUUAGAGACACAAUGGAUUCUGAUUUGUCUUUUGGAGGGAAGGUUGUCGUUUUUGGUGGAGAUUUUCGCCAAACCUUGCCAUUCUUACUAAGAAUAGGCGAGGGAAAAGAGCUUGUAGAUGGAAAUGGCGAAAUCACUUUACCGCCUGAUAUAGUUAUUCCUUAUUAUGAUAAGGAACAAUCUUUAAACAGGUUGCUUGAAAGUGUUUUUCCAGAUUUGCAUCUGUAUUCUAAAGAUUCUUAUACCAUGAUAAAUAGAUGCAUCCUUGCUCCCAAAAAUAGCUCAGUUGAUGAGCUCAACGAGCUAUUAAUAAACAGAUUUCCUGGAAAUCUUCAAAGAUUGUGUUUGGCAGUCAUGCAGGAAAAAGUCUUCAUCCCAAAGAUACCUCUUCAGACAUCUGACAAUGAAAGGAAUGGAAUUCCAUUCAUAAGAACUCAAUUUCCUGCCCGACUUUGUUUUGCGUUAACCAUUAAUAAGUCGCAAGGACAAACUCUGGAUUACAUCGGCCUUUACUUGUGUGAACCCAUUUUCUCACACGGACAGCUGUAUGUCGCACUCUCUAGAGCUAGAACUGCUGCUGAGCUUAAGGUUCUUCUCGUUCCUGGAACGUUUGAUGAGAGAAAGACUGACUGCAAAACUAGGAAUAUUGUCUUUAAUGAGAUUUUUUAUUUAACUCAACAAUAA